UACGCUGAUUGUUGUUAGUUGCUUUGCUAACUUUUCACAUACUAUGUAGGUUUCCCAAAAAUAAAGACAUGAAAAAGCAGUGGGAGACAGCUGUGCGACGGGAAGGGUUUUCUGCUACUCCGUCAUCCAUGCUCUGCAGUGAACACUUCAGAACGGAGGAUUUUGACAGAACAGGUCAGACAGUCAGGAUCAGAGAAGGAGCUGUUCCUUCAGUCUUCAGUUUCCCAGCUCAUCUCCACCGGCCUGUGGCUACCAGGACGUCUCAGACCUCAAAGAAGGCACAGGAGACCCUGUCACUGGACUGUUCCCAGCUUGUUCAAGAGACCGAACCCCUCCCUGUCCCCAGUGUUGACCACUCCUAUGCUCUGCCUUUAUCAUAUAAAGUUCUGAGAGCCAGACUCAGGGAAGCCUUGGAUAGGGUGGAGAGUCUGGAAAAAGAGAGGAGGAAUGCAAAGGACAGAGAAAGGAGGGCGAAGAACACUGCGAGUGGUCUUCUGGAGGAUCUCGGGGAGAAACAAAUCAUAAAUGAAGAGUUGAAAGAGCAGCUUGACAUAUACUCAGGGGAAAUGCCCACUUGUUGGCUUGUUCGUGAGGAUGAGAGCCAUAAACCCAUUCAGCUCCUUCAUUAUCUCACACACACUCUGGGUCGAGGUCCAGAAACGAAGAUUAAAGACCAGAAAUGUUCCAGACACCAAGUUGAACUAAAAGCAGAUUGUAACCGAGGAUUUGUCACUGUGAAGCAGCUGGGUCGUAAUCCCACGAGCCUGGAUGAUGUGGUUGUGGGUAAAGGCAAUCAGGUGACCUUUAAACCCGGACAGAAGCUCUACAUCGUCAAUGGGCUUUAUCCGUACACACUGCAGUUCAGGGAAGAAACAACAUCUGGGGAGAAAAGCAAACUGCUGAAGAGACCACACCAGAGAGACACUCACAAAGAGAAGGACGAGGAAAAGGAAAAGAGGUGCAGAGUGUCUGAACCUUCCUGUUCCAACAGCAUGGCUCGGCCAGAGCAAACACGCACACCUGAAAAGGAACCCACAGGUCACUGGAAUCAGGGGCUCAGAGUAUCGAUGCAGGACCCGAGCAUGCAGGUGUACAAAGACGAGAAGGUGGUGGUGAUUAAGGACAAGUACCCGAAGGCGCGGUACCACUGGUUGGUUCUGCCGUGGGACUCCAUCUCCAGCCUGAAGGCUCUUAGGCCUGAGCACGUGGAGCUGCUGAAGCACAUGGAGCGAGUCGGGAACCGCAUGGUGCAGCAGUGUCCCAGCUCCAACAAACUCCACUUCCGUCUGGGUUAUCACACCAUCCCAAGCAUGAGUCACGUUCAUCUUCACGUAAUCAGCCAAGACUUCGAUUCUCCAUGUCUGAAGAAUAAGAAACACUGGAACUCCUUCACCACAGACUACUUCAUUGAAUCUCAGGAUGUUAUCGCGAUGUUGGAGAGAGACGGACGAGUGAGCGUGAAGGACGGCACCAGUGAGCUGCUGAAGUUGCCACUGCGAUGCCACGUCUGCCACAAAGAGCAAACUACGAUUCCCAAGCUGAAGGAACACAUCCGAGUUCACCUGCCAUCAUGAAAUCAGCUUUAAGGAAAAAAAAAAAAAGCAAAAUACUGCAGCAAACAUUGUUCAGUUUAUAUGCAAGUGAAGUUACAGGUUUAGUUCUAUAGCAGUGUUCAAUGUUCUCUGGUUGUGAAGGCUGAAAUAAAAAGCCACAUUCAUAAAAGAA